ACUCUGGCUGGCUGAUGCGCUGCUGCUUCUGAAAAGUAGACACAUGUUGACUGAGCAUGCUCCAUCUGGGCUGUGCAGAAGGAACCAAUAGAACAGCAGCUAUUGUCACAUGACCGUGGCUGAACGUGUGCGCCGGGUGGGGAAAGGAAGGGGAAGCAGUGUACUUUGGCUCGGUUCUUUUUCCCUGCCCCCCGUCUUACUCUAGUUCAACAACUAAGGCCAUCGAGAAAGCAGGUGACGAUUUUGGAGUGGAGAGGCCACAGCAUUCCUCCAGGACAGCCAUGGAGCGCAGGGGAGUCAGUCAGGAAUCAGAGGCAGGGAAAAGACAUCCUAACCCCCGCUCUGUGACACCCACAGGGGCCAAGGGGAAGAAGGCUCUGAGUGCUAAAUCGCACGUGAACAAAAAAUCCAAAGCUAAGAUGACAUCUGUUCACGGCUCAGUCGCUGGGUCCAAUGGUUUUAUUCUGCAUAAAAAACAAGCGAGGGCAACCCCUCAAAGGAAAGGUGGACUAAGCAAAACCCCUCCAACUCCUGCAGACAGUGGUAGAGAAGCUGUUAUAGCAGGGAUCUCAGAUGUACAAACUGCUAGCUGUCCAUCUCUGGACCCUGCCCCAACAUCAAGUACACAGUGUGCAUGGAAGACUAUGGGCAAACCUGCCUGCAAUCCAGCAGCACUGAAGCGUUUAACCAGGGACGGAGCAGAGUCGAGCAUGGAAGUCAUAGGGAUGGAAAAGUCAAUGGCACCUUCCCACAUCAAGCUACCUCCGAGCUGUAAAGGAAAGAGAGUUGUCUCUACCAAGUCACAGCCAGGGUCUAGGAAGAGGAAGAGGAAGAUGGGAAUGUACAACUUUGUCCCUAAGAAAAAGUCCAAGGUGUUGAAGAAAGAGAGCUCAUUUGUAAAGGCAGGGCAAGAAAGCGGCAGGGAGAAGAGAGUAGACCUGACGCACAGAGAGAUUUGUGAAAUAAAAGAAAGCCAAGCACUGUUAGCCAAGCAGUGUGAAGAAAAGGCAACUGACUUAAGCAAAGGAAACAAAAUGGAGGAAGAGGACAGCUGCAGUAAGCAGGAAUACACUGAACUGACUUUAGAAUCUCUGGAUCUGAAAGCCCAAGAGGAGCUGUUCUCUCCUCCUCUCUCAGGCUUUCCAGUUGAUGGUGAGGUGACAGAGACUGACCUGUCUGAAGAGCUCCCUCUGUGCUGCUGUCGCAUGGAGACCCCAUGCAGUGGGGAGAGCCUGUCCCAGACUGAGCACACCUGCAUGGCCACAGAGAGUGUGGAUGGCCUGGUGAGUCGGUGUCAGAGGAGUGUGCUGAAGCAUGAGAUGAUGCGUCCCUCCAACACAGUGCAUCUGCUGGUUCUGUGUGAGGACCACAGGGCUGGCAUGGUCAAGCAUCAGUGCUGCCCUGGCUGUGGCCUCUUCUGCCGGGCGGGGAGCUUCAUGGAGUGCAGACCGUAUGGCAGCAUCUCUCACCGUUUCCACCGUGGCUGUGCAUCAGUCAUCAAGGCCCAGAGCUUCUGUCCCCACUGUGGGGAGGAUGCCACCGGGGCCCAGGAAGUCACUGUUCCCAAAACCGUCUCCAAUCCUGUCACUGUCCCCAAAGCUGAACCUGUACUUCCUUCUGUGCCAGCUGUUCCUGCUGUUUACCCUGUGGCCCUUCUUCCCGUUGUGUCCACCAGGCCCCUCAUUCACAGGGCAAAGAAGACCACUGAGCUUGAGAGGAGUCUGGACACCUCCCCCAACAGCCUGAAGAGGGAGACGUUAGGUGAUGGAGAGGAACCAGCUAAAACGUCACUGGAGAGCAUCCUAAUGGCCCUGGAUGAUGAAAAUAUGAGGCCGAAGAAAGUGAAGUAUCACACGAAGCAGCUGUACAUCUCAGCCCAUCACGGAGAGCUCCAGAAAGUCAUCCAUCUGCUGGUGGAUGGAAAAGACCCCAACUACCUGAUGUACAGCCAGAACAAGAGGACCCCUCUACAUGCUGCAGCAGCUGAAGGACACCAGGAGGUCUGUCACAUGCUCGUCCAGGCUGGAGCUAACCUGGACAUGUUUGAUGAGGAGCAGAGAACCCCCCUGAUGGACGCUUGCGAGAACAACCGUCUGGACACAGUCAAGUACCUGCUGAGGGCCGGGGCAGCGCUCAGCCAUAAGGAUAUCAAGGGCUCAACCUGUCUGCAUCUGGCUGCUAAACUUGGACAUUAUGAUGUUGUUCAACAUCUCCUGUCCAAGGCAUCCAAGCAGGUCAACUGUCAGGAUGACGGUGGGUGGACCCCCAUCACCUGGGCUAUAGAGUACAAGCACAGAGAGCUGGUCCUACUGCUGCUCUCCAGAGGGGCUGAUGUUAACAUCCGAGACAAGGAAGAGAACAUUUGCCUCCACUGGGCAGCCCUGUCUGGCUCCAAUGACAUCGCUCAGAUCCUGCUUGAUGCCAGAUGUGACCUCCAUGCAGUCAACGUCCAUGGGGACUCAACUCUACACAUUGCUGCCAGGGAGAAUCAACUGGAAUGUGUGACACUGCUUCUGUCCCAAGGAGCAGAUGUGAACCUGAAGAACAGAGAGGGGGAGACCCCUCUGGACUGCUGUAUCUACAACUCUAAGGUGUGGGUGUCCCUGAACACUAAUAAGAAGCUGACAGAUGCCAGGAGAAGCAGGGACAGUCAUAGAGAGAAGGUCCUUAGCAGGGACAUCUCUCGGGGGUAUGAGGCAGUCCCCAUCGCCUGUGUGAACGGGGUGGACAGUGACUCCUGUCCUGAUAACUACAAAUACGUCCCUGACAGCUGUGUCACUUCCCCAAUUAAUAUAGACAAGGACAUCACUCAUUUACAGCAUUGUGUAUGUACAGAUGACUGCUCUUCAAAUACCUGCAUGUGUGCCCAGCUCAGCCUGCGCUGUUGGUAUGACAAAGAGGGGCGUCUGCCUCUGGAGUUCUGUCAGAAGGAGCCUCCGGUCCUGUUUGAGUGUAACCACGCCUGCUCCUGUUGGAGGAGCUGCAGGAACCGCGUGGUUCAGAAUGGACUUCGGGCUCGGCUGCAGCUUUAUAAAACCCAGAGGAUGGGCUGGGGCGUGAGGGCACUGCAGGAUAUUCCUCAAGGAACUUUCAUUUGCGAGUAUGUGGGUGAAAUCAUUACUGAUGCAGAGGCAGAUGGCAGGGAAAAUGACUCAUUCCUCUUCACCCUGGACAAUAAGGUGGGCGAUGUGCACUGUAUUGAUGCGCGACUCUUUGGCAACAUUGGCCGGUUUAUUAACCACCUGUGUGAACCUAACCUGCUAGCAGUCCGAGUGUUCACCAUGCAUCAGGACCUGCGGUUCCCACGCAUUGCCUUCUUCUCCAGAAAGCCCAUUCAGUCAGGCGAUCAGAUUGGGUUUGACUACGGUGAUCACUUCUGGAAGGUCAAGAGCAAGUAUUACAGCUGCCAGUGCUGCUCUCCAAGGUGUAGACACUCAUCAGCCGCUAGAGCCCAGAGUUUAGAGAGGUUGGCCAGCCCAGCCCAACAGUCAGGUGCCCAUACUGCCCUAACACAAUCAUAACACCCCCAUGCCACCUCGGUCCACCCCCAGACAUGGUGGGGAUCUUUCUCUCCCUUAUCACCACUAUGACUCCUUUUUUAAAUGUAGACUGAUAUGAAAUGUCAUUUUAAUGGCUUUGCAGACAGAAAUCAAAUGCUAAGGGUAGCCUAGCCCUAGACUGUGACAAAUGCUCACCUUUUCCAUGUAUCUUUUUUUAUUAAGUGCGCAAUAUAGUAAUAAAGUGCAUUUUAAAACA